AUGACAGGCGACUGCAACGAAAACUGCCCCUUCCGAGGAGGCUUCCUCAACUAUGAGCCUUCGGCAGUUGGCAGCGCCAUCUUCUUGGCGGCUUUUGCGCUGUUGGUGCCGCUGACCUUCUUCCAAGGCUACCGCUUCAAGACGCCUCUCUUCGCUUCGACUUUGGCCACGGGUAUUCUGUUGGAGGUGUUGGGAUUCGCCGGAAGGCUGAGGCUGAAGAACAACGUCGCCAGCGAGACAUCCUUCACGUUGUGGCUCCUAGGUUCGAUACUCGGCCCGACCUUGAUCUCGGCAGCGCUUUGCCAAGUACUUCCUCACGUUGUCGCUCUAUAUGGUCUCGGUAUCGGUUUCACGCGCCCCAGAGUCGCCGGAUUGUCGCUUGUCUUUGCCCUACUUCUCGUCGUUGCUUUGGAGAUCGCCGGUGUCGUUGCUGCCGUCUUUGGACUUGGUGGUGUUCAGUCGACUACCAUCCUCCUCGCAGGCCUGGGCGUUCAAAUCGCGCCGCUCUUGCUGUUCAUCGGCUUAUACCUCUGGUUCACCCAGAAGAUCCCCGACCCAAAGCACAUUGCAGUGUACCAACAGCCGAGGUUCAGGCACUUCGUGAAGAUCAUGCCGCCACUAGCUGUGGUCUUGAUCGCACAUACCAUCUACCGUCUUGUCGAGUAUGGAGAGGGGCUCGGUGGCCCUCUCACCAGGACAGAGGUCGCCUCUCUCAUUAUCAGCGGUGCAUUGCCGUUUCUUGUGUGCAUUGCUCUAUGCAUAUACCACCCUGGGGCGGCGUUUGGCCGCGCUUGGGGUCUCACAUCUCCGAGGCUUCGACGCCAGUCCCUUCGGUCUCGUCGUCGACAAGGGGGGCCAUCGCCUCUUCAUUCCCCGACCGCCCCCUGGGACAGACAUAAGGGCCCCCGUCAGCCUGGCUUCACUGCUUCGAGAUUUCCGGAGAAGAAGAUGUCCCCGGUUGGCGUCGGGCCAGUUCCCUUGCGAGACUCCACGAUGGCGAGCAAGGUUGCUGGUAGUCCUGGUGAAAGGUCUGCGACAUAUACAAAGAUUGCCAGCAGUCCUGGCGAGAGGUCGGUGACUUAUCCGAGCCCGAUCGCUGAGCAUUAUAAGCUGGAGACGCCUCACCAUAGCCCACCUUUGCAAAGGCCUCAGCAGACGAAUCAACCGUCACCCAAACACAGCCCGCCGUUCCAAAGGGCUCAGCAGACCGGGCAGCCGUCGCCCAAGCGAAAUAGCAAUCGUUCGAGUCAGAAUCCGAUGGUGAACAGCGAGUCUCUGUGGUGA